CGGGCCUACCCGGACCGGUCACUGGCCAGGCCACCGGGUCGGGUCGAGCCGGAACAGUACCGGUCCCGGGCCGGUUCCGGGUUGGGCCACCCGGCCCGAGUCCAUCCCUAGGUGGAAUGAAUGUUAACCACACAAAUUGUUCAAAAAUGAUAAGUGUGAAAAAUUUUGGGACGACUCAAAAAGGAAAGUGGAAAGAAUUGUAUGGGACGGAGGGAGUACGUAGUAUAAAUUUGUGAAAGGAAAGAGAUCAUAAAAACCCAUCAUACUAAUAUUGUUGAACUUUGGUGCAGUGCAAUUUCUUUUAAGACCAAAAAUAUGUUCAACAUUUGCUAGGAUCUAAAAAGUCGGGCAUCCAUGCAAAUGGAGGCACACCCAGCCACACACCCUACAUUGUUUCACGUUGCUCCGUUUACCAAGCAGAGCCUCUGAUCAUUUGCUGUUUUCAUGUAUAAAAUCCCCCAUGAUCAUCACAUCUCAUAUCCACACCGCCAUCUUUCUUCUCCCUUCUUCGAUGCUGUACUGUAACAAUAAAAGAAGAAAAUAACGUAGCUUAAGGAGAAAGAUGGCAGCUGCGAAUAAAAUAGUGCUUCCCUUAGUGUCCCUCGUCUUAGUGGUGGGCAUUGUGUGCGGGGCAGUGUUCGUGUUCCGCAAGAGCGGUGACGGAUCAUCCCAAGAAGACCAUGGCAGCAUUUCCACAGGCUCUAUGAAGUCUGUCACCACAUUCUGCCAGUACGCCGAAUUCAAAGACGCAUGCGCCAAGAGCCUCUCCCCUGUUGCCAACAACCAAUCGGCCACCACGAAGGACUUCAUCCUCGCAAUCCUCAAGGCCACCAUCGACGAGGCCUCCAAGUCCCACCAGGUCGCCCUGAACACAAAGGUCGACCAGGCCGCGGACCCUUACGACCAUGUGGCCGUGGAGGACUGCAAAGACAUGCUCCAGGAUGCCAUUGCAGAUCUCCAGGCAUCCUUCUCAGCAGUCGGUGAUAGCGAGCUCCACACCCUCAAUGACCGCGUUGAUGAGCUGCUCAACUGGUUGUCUGCGGUUUACGCCUACCAGACAACCUGCACGGAGCAACUGGAGAAGCCCGAAUACAAAUCUGCCAUCGAGGAAGGGAUGGUCAACGCCACCCAACUCACUAAUAACGCUAUCAACAUCAUUGCUGAGAUGUCUAAGGUGAUGGAGGCGUUCAACAUCACAGGUGCCACGACCAACUUACUCACCACCUCCGCUGCCUCCCGCCGCCUUCUGGAAGGAGAGGAACACGGUGAUUAUCCUGCAUGGUUCCCUUCAGCAUACAGGAAGCUUUUGGCGGCACAAAAGGCAGGACAGGUGACACCUCACGCUGUGGUGGCCAAGGACGGAAGCGGAAAGUAUAAGACUGUUUCGGCUGCUCUAAGCGCAUACCCACCCAAACAUCAAGGCAAGUACAUCAUAUAUGUCAAAGCUGGAGUGUACGAUGAAACAGUGUUGGUCGACAAGAAGAUGAACAAUGUCUUCAUGUACGGAGAUGGUGCGGGAAAGACCAUCAUCACCGGGAAGAAGAAUUUCGCAUUCGACAAGAUCACCACCUCGAAGACUGCUACUUUUACUGCCCUCGGGAGCGGGUUCGUGGCGCGUGGGAUCACCAUCCGCAACACCGCAGGCGCAGAAGGACAUCAAGCAGUGGCUUACAGGAGCCAGUCUGAUAUGUCUGCCCUCUUCGACUGCUCCAUAGAAGGUUACCAAGACACACUGUACUACCACACCUACCGCCAGUUUUACCGUAACUGCGUCAUCUCAGGCACCAUCGACUUCAUCUUUGGUAAGGGCACUGCCCUCAUCCAGAACAGUGUCAUCAUCGCAAGGAAGCCACUCGCGAACCAGUUCAACACCAUCACCGCAGACGGGAAAGAGCUGGCAAAGGCCAAGGGAGGAUUGGUGCUCCAGAACUGCAGGAUCGUUGCGGAGGCUGCACUCUUCCCAGCUCGAUUCCAGUUGAAGACCUAUCUCGGAAGGCCAUGGAAGGCAUUCUCGACAACAGUGGUCAUGGAGAGUGAAGUGGGCGAUGUCGUGAGCCCAGACGGGUGGAAGCUUUGGGACGGGGAGAAGUUUGAGAACACAUGCAUCUACAAGGAGCACGGUAACUUCGGACCAGGGGCAGAUACCAGGAGGAGGAACAGAGCCUUCAAGAAGUGGCAGGUGAUUGAUCGCAAGACUGCCGGCCAAUUCACUGCUGGACCAUGGCUUGAUGGACACACCUGGUUGCACACCACCGGCGUGCCUUUUGCUCUCAGUUUCACUAGAUGAUCAAUGACCAUUGGGAAUUAAGGAAAUGAAAAGUAAUGAAUUGAUUCAUAUUUCAUAAUUAAAAGAAAAAACGAGAAAAGUAACUCAUCAUGUAUUCAUGUAUGUAUUAAUUGGUGCACGGAAAAUAUUAAUUGCUUACUGA